CAAGGUUUAAGUCUCAAAGUACUCUAAACCAUAAUUUGAUAUGUCUGUGGUAAUUCAGAAGUGCGAAAAACGCCAUGUAGGGCUUGUAAUGCUCAGGCUUUUAACUGAAAAGCUGUUAAGAGUCAUAUCAAUCUUUCCAUCAAGAGGGACUGAUCACAGUAUUGUUGAGUUUGUUGAAGAUGUAGAAGAAACAAAGAUGGUCCCAAAAGAUGUGAAGGAAGGGCAUUUUGCAGUGAUUGCAGUCAAAGGUGGAAAACAGAAGAGGUUUAUCCUGGAGUUAAGCUGUCUGAGAAACCCAGCAUUCCUGACGCUGCUAGAGCAGGCUAAAGAGGAAUAUGGAUUCCGACAAAAGGGAGUGCUUGUACUUCCUUGUGAACCUGAAGAGUUACAGAAGAUUUUAGAAGACAGCACAAAGAUAUAUAGAUAAUUGCUGAUAUUUAGUGCAGUUUAUACAUAAAUUGUUCCCACAUUCUGGGAUAGCUUUUAGUUUGAUGAUUCUGCUUCUUAGCAGCUAAUUACUCCCAUGUCUUUACUGUUAUCAUUUAGAAUUGAUAACUAAUCAAAUGCUAAAAAAAUGAAUGCUGAU